AUGGCGUUGCUUCAAGAAGUACCUGUACUUGAUAUCAGCAAAGCACCUUAUAUGGAGUUCCGUCCACAUGUUUGCGAGGCAUUAAGGUUUAGUUCAGUUGGUGAGUUUGUGAGUGAUGCCCUUCUAGUGCCAGAUAAGUGCAAGUUCCUCCACCAGGAAAGGAUGGAUAUAUGCGAAACUCACCUGCACUGGCACACUGUUGCUAAAGAGUCCUGUAGUGAAAAGAGUAUGAAUCUGCAUGAUUAUGGUAUGCUGCUGCCCUGUGGAAUUGACAAGUUCCGUGGUGUGGAGUUUGUUUGCUGUCCAUUAGCAGAUGAAAGUGAUAAUGUUGAUUCAGCUGACGCUGAAGAAGAUGAUUCCGAUGUCUGGUGGGGAGGUGCGGAUGCAGAUUAUGCAGAUGGAAGUGAUGACAAGGUGGUAGAAGAGCAGCCAGAGGAAGAGGAGGAAGUAACGGACGUGGAGGAUGACGAUGCUGAUGAUGAUGGCGAUGAUGAUGAUGAGAUUGAAGAAGAGGCAGAGGAACAGUACGAAGAGGCCACUGAAAGAACUACUAGCAUUGCUACCACAACCACCACCACUACCGAAUCGGUAGAAGAGGUUGUUAAAGAAGUGUGCUCUGAACAAGCUGAGACUGGUCCAUGCCGAGCAAUGAUCUCCCGCUGGUACUAUGAUGUGACUGAACGAAAGUGUGCACCAUUCUUUUACGGCGGAUGUGGUGGGAACCGAAACAACUUUGACUCUGAGGAAUACUGCAUGGCAGUCUGUGGCAGCGUCAUCCCCACCACAGCUGCCAGCACUCCUGAUGCUGUUGAUAAAUACUUGGAGACACCUGGUGAUGAGAACGAGCAUGCCUAUUUCCAGAAAGCCAAGGAGAGACUUGAAGCCAAGCACCGUGAAAGAAUGUCUCAGGUCAUGAGGGAAUGGGAAGAAGCGGAACGCCAAGCAAAGAACUUGCCAAAGGCUGAUAAGAAGGCUGUUAUCCAGCAUUUCCAGGAGAAAGUGGAAUUACUGGAGCAAGAAGCAGCGAAUGAGAGACAGCAGCUAGUAGAGACUCACAUGGCCAGAGUGGAAGCCAUGCUAAAUGACCGUCGCCGCAUUGCUCUGGAGAACUAUAUCACAGCUCUGCAAGCUGUCCCUCCCAGACCUCGCCAUGUGUUCAAUAUGCUGAAGAAGUACGUGCGUGCAGAGCAGAAAGACAGACAGCAUACCCUCAAACACUUCGAACAUGUCCGCAUGGUGGAUCCAAAGAAAGCUGCCCAAAUCAGAUCUCAGGUUAUGACACACCUACGUGUGAUAUAUGAGCGCAUGAACCAGUCUCUUUCCCUUCUCUACAACGUACCAGUGGUUGCUGAGGAGAUUCAAGAUGAAGUGGAUGAACUGCUUCAGAAAGAGCAAAACUACUCUGAUGAUGGCUUGGCCAAUAUGAUCAGUGAGCCCAGGAUCAGCUAUGGAAAUGAUGCCCUCAUGCCUUCAUUGACUGAAACUAAAACCACAGUUGAACUUCUUCCAGUUGAUGGAGAAUUCAGCCUAGAUGACCUUCAGCCAUGGCAUCCUUUUGGUGUUGAUUCUGUCCCAGCCAACACUGAAAAUGAAGUUGAGCCAGUUGAUGCCCGCCCAGCUGCAGACAGAGGAUUGACCACAAGACCAGGUUCUGGGUUGACCAAUGUUAAAACCGAAGAGAUCUCUGAAGUAAAGAUGGAUGCAGAGUUCCGACAUGAUUCAGGAUAUGAAGUGCAUCAUCAAAAAUUGGUAUUCUUUGCUGAAGAUGUGGGUUCAAACAAAGGUGCCAUCAUUGGACUAAUGGUGGGAGGUGUUGUCAUAGCAACAGUCAUUGUCAUUACUUUGGUGAUGCUGAAGAAAAAACAGUACACAUCCAUCCAUCAUGGCGUAGUGGAGGUGGAUGCUGCAGUGACACCAGAGGAACGCCACCUUUCCAAGAUGCAACAAAAUGGCUAUGAAAAUCCAACCUACAAGUUCUUUGAACAGAUGCAGAACUAGAACACCACAACAGCCUCAUGAGUUGGACAGCAAAAUGAUUGCUUCACUGCCCAUCGGUGUUCGGUUAUAGAAUAACAUGGAAAGAAACAAAAACACUCUGUUUUAUUAUUUACUCAUUAUCGCCUUUUGACAGCUGUGCUGUAACACAAGUAGAUGCCUGAACUUGAAAUAAUAAAAAUCAGUAAUGUAUUUUCUCUCUUUACAUUUCAGUCUUUACACUACAUUAUUAAUGAAUGUUUUUUGUGUACUAUAAAGAGUUUAGCUGUAUUUAACUAGUGCAUGGAUAGAUUAUCUUUCCCAAUUAUUUAUCAUGUGGCCCCUUAGCCAACUGUAUAUUAUUCUUGUGAUUUGUGGCAAAAAUUAAGUCCUACUUGAAAUAUGCUUUAAAGAAUUGAUGGGGGAUGCUUCCUGUGUCUUAGCUGCUUCUCUUUGCUGAGGUUUUUUUUUUUCUGAUCACUAGGCAUUUUAAAGUAAAAUACUUUUUUUAAAGUAUUCCAGAUGAGUUAUUUUCUUCUGCAGUUGCAUUUUAUUGUACAGAUGGUUGCUUCUGCUGUAUUAGUGAUGUAGAAAUCAUGGGAAUACACAUUUGUUUCUUUGUGCCUGUUUUAUGUGCACACCUUAGGCAUUGGAAGGUAAACUUAUUUUCUUUUCCAUGUACCUUUUUGAUCUUUUAAUAAAAAUUAAAAAUGAAAAAGAAUCCCUAUUAAUUAUGAGCACUUUCAUAGGGAAAAAGUGCCUGCUGGUUGAAAAUUAAUGGGGAUCCUACAAAUGUCUCUGCAGGAUGAUUGUACAGAAUCAUUGCUUAUGAAUUGAUAGCUUUCUACACUGUGUUACAUAAAUAAAUUAAGAAAAAAAACC